GAUUACUUUCAAUAAAUUGUAUCGUAAAUCUGUUGUACACAGUGUAUCUUUGUAAUUUAAGUAUCAGCAUGUAAUUAUUUUCCCUUAGCUAGGAAUAAUUUUUUAAUUGUUUCCGAAAUCAACUUUCUCCCCAUAGACCAAUCUAUUGAAUCAGAUAAAAAAUUAACUAUUUGAUUGUCGUAUUUGACUUUUCUUUGUUAAAUAAUUAAAAAUAAUACAUGCCAAUUUGUGGGACUGGAAGAGAGUUAUUGAUGUGAAAAGUUAUUAAUAGUUUCUUAGGUACUUUUGAAGGGAAGAAAACUUACUUACACAUGUAUUGUUAUAUUCUAGAUAUGGACGAGAAUAUGUCGUCUGGUCUCUUUGACUCCUCCUUUGAGCCAACUGAUUUCGACAACAGCGAAGUGUCGAAAUUGCAAGCUCUACUGGAAGAUAAACAUCUCAUUCUUGAUACGGAAUGUUUACUACAGGCGCUGGAACAAUGUUUCUCUGUAUGUCCAAUUGAAUCGCUCGACGAGCGAAUUUUCAAAAAAGUUUUGCCGAAAGCUCAACACUUUCUGUCACAGGUCGUGAAAGUUAUAGAUGAUAUAAUAACGGGCAAUAACGUGAGACUUGACGAUCUGGAUGGCAUCAAGUACAAGCUACAAGUUUGCGAUGGGCUUCUUGCCUUUUGGAAGAAAUGCGUAGAACAUAUUUCCGCGUUCGAGAAAGUUCAAGCUGCCUACGUAGCAUCAUUAUGCGACAUUCUACCAGAAACAACGAAAAUAAUUUUCGAGCAUUGCAAAGACAGCGCAAAAUAUGGAGCGUUACUGAGCGGUGCGAUGCAAGAAUUGAGGAAUCUGUUUGCGAAAGCGUGCGCGGUCUUCAAGCUAUUCUUUGCCACUUUGAACGGCAUAAUCGUCUUCGACACGGACGUGCAAUCGGAAACGGAGCUGUUGACGAAAGUGGUUGAUGCGUAUGGGUACAUCGCUUCUAUUGCGAACGGAAUGGAUACCAAGACGUUCGUUGAGUUGUCCGAGAUAUUUGCCAAGCUGGUCAUCGUUUACCAGAGCGAAAUCAAACCAUACAAUAUCGCGACGCAUUUUAUUCGAAUGACGAAGGACGUAUCUUGCCUUUUGUCCGCCGCUAUGGAUCAGAACGAUAAGAACGCGGAACGAAAUGUAAUGGUUGCUAUGCGUUUGCUGAGAAUCAUCGAGAAAUUAACAUUGUCUUACGGCGCAUCUUUCACACACGAGAUGAUUCUAGACUUGGUAGAACUUCUGGCGCAAAUGCACGGAUAUUCUUGUUUAAUAAAAAGUAGCGAAAGAACAAUCUUGGCCGGCGCUACGUCUUUUUUAAAUAUCAUCUUCAGUCAUGACAAUUUCAAGCAGGUAUAUUUUGAGUAUGGAAGGCAAAAUGUUCCACGUGAUCAAUAUAUACGUAGAUUAAAUUACCAUUUACUGACGAUCGCUAUCAUGAAGAAAUUGAAUGGCAUGCCAUUCGAACACCAUUGCAAGUGGUCUUUAGGCUCAGAUUCGAUUUUGGAUAUUGCUUUUACGUACAUAGAACAUCUCGAAGAAGAAAUCUGCGUCGGAGACCUGCAACUGUCAAGUGUUCGCGCGAUCGGCGAAGGGCCGCGGUUUGUUGGAAUUUACGAAGCAACUUUGGUAUCUGUUUGCAAUUUGGUCAGUCAAAUUCUUCCGGAAGAUUUUCACGCACUCGAAUUGCUUCUACUAAAGCAUUUACUGUCCGGUCACCUCUGGUGCUCACUAUUAAGCUCGGAUGUUUGGUGCUUUAUUGGCAGACUCGGCUCUUCGCAACUAUGCGUCGAUCACGUUAAACAUCUGAUUAAAGUUUCUACUGCCUUGGUAGAACGACGCGAUAGCAUAGAAGCGAUCAUGAUUGACAACAUGAUUGUCAGAUUGUACGAUCUGUUAAACGAAGAUGUGAAAUCCACUCUGUUUGACAAUCUUAUCGACCAUCUGGAUGUGGAUUAUUAUGUUACUAGUUUGCAUUUGUUAAUGGCGAACACCAAAUCUCUUUCAUCGGAACGAUUAAAGCGUAAAAUCGAAGACUUGCCGAAGGCUUUCUUAGAUCUGCAGGAACACCCUUCUACAUGCAAUUGGAAGUGCCUUAUGCAGGUUGUGUCCGCGAUAAUAGCAGUGGAUUACAGUGAUAAUAAGGAUGUUAUUAACGUCCUAACUAAACUAUGGAGUUUCGUUGCAGGAACGAUUAUUGAAUGCGAAGGCAAACAACUGGAUCUAUUGACUGACUUGGUUGUUACCGUACUCGACGCUACUUAUCUCAAAAAUCUUCAUGAUGACAGCUUUUAUGCGAUUCUGAUAUCCGUCGCAACUUCAUGUGUCCAUCUACCGCCUCGAGGCAAGAUCAAGAUCUGCCAUUUUCUACAACAGAAUAUCAAAUAUCUCGGUCGUUGCGGAAUCCAAAGCAUUGCGUCUAUUUUGACUGAAUUGUUCAGUCGCUUACUAGAAGACGAAAAUCCCUGGGUACGCCAAGAGGCCUUAGAGACCUUUGAACACGUCGGACAUGUAUGUCCAGAGCAGCUGGUCGCCGAAAUAGCGAAAGCAUUAGCAAAGAUACUCAGCAUCAGUAAUGUUAUGCAAGCUUAUUUGACCUCGAAAUCAUAUUAUGUCUUCAAGGGUUUUAUCAACAUGCAAGAUUAUCUUAGAUACUUGGCUAAAGCUGUUCAAAAUCAUGGCGAUAAGCAUAGAUGUCAUGAGUACAACGAAUCCGAAAGAGAAGAGAAGAUGCCGAAGCUGAAGAAGAACUCGCAUGAAAUCAUUGCGCCGAUGUUAACACAGCUGGAUGAACAAGCGGAAAAGCUGUACAAAGGAUUGACGAAGGUGUUAGAAGAUCAGGCUGUUAUCAGUGAGGAUAUAUGCAGGAGAUUGAUAACCGUCCUCGAAAAAAUUAUUCAACUUCAGGGAAACGAAAAUUCAUGGAACUGAUAGUGUUUAUCUUUGCGAUAUAAAGGUGGAAAAUAAUAAAUUAUCUAUGAUAAAGAUGAAGGGAUUGUUUGUCAAAAUGGCAGUAAAAUAAUUGAAAAAAGGCAAAAAAUAUUGUGAAAGUAAAUGUAAAAAUCUGAGAAAAAAAUUUCCA